AUGUAUUUGGAUUUGGCGCCUUUCCUCUUGCUGAUCACCAUAGUGGCCAACACGCUGAUAGUAGUUGUACUCAGCAAGCGACACAUGCGGACUCCCACUAACGCCGUGCUGAUGGUGAUGGCUCUCUCAGAUAUGUUCACAUUGUUGUUCCCCGCCCCGUGGCUCUUAUACAUGUACACGUUCAGCAACCACUAUAAGCCUCUCACCCCAGUGAGAGCAUGUUACGCUUGGGCCUUCAUGAAUGACGUCGUCCCUACACUCUUCCACACCGCCUCCAUCUGGCUGACCCUGGCCCUCGCUGUCCAGAGGUAA